AUGAGUUUAACAACAAUUAUUUUUGACAAUGGUGGCCAUAAUAUGAAGAUAGGUACGAUAGACUCAGAGUCCCCUAGAUUAGUUCCAAACAGUAUUGUGAAAGCGAAACAUGAAAAGAAGCGGGUUUUUGUUGCACACGAGCAAGAAGAAUGUUCGGACAAGUUUUCGCUAUUCUAUGUGCGACCAAUUGAAAGAGGAUAUGUGGUGAAUUGGGAUACACAACAGCAAAUCUGGGAGAAAACGUUCGGAUCUAUGGAUGUGGAGGCGUCUACUUCUCGAAUUGCACUCACAGAUAAUAACUAUCUAAUCCCAGCUCUUCCUGAUGUCUCUAGUGAAAUAUUGUUUGAUUAUUUCGGCUUCACAGAGGUACACAAAACGUCUGCUUCGACUUUGGUGGCAAAACAUUCAAAUAAAAUCAACAACGAAAAGUGUGCAGUUGUUGUGGAUUCCGGGUUUUCAUGGACUACGGUAGCUUCAUUUGUGAAUGGAAUGCUUAUUCAGGAUAGUGUUAUAAGGAUCGAUGUUGGUGGAAAAGCGUUAACAAAUAAAUUGAAGGACUGGGUAUCUUACCGACAAUUGAAUGUUAGCGAAGAAACAUACGUUAUCAACGAAUGUAAAGAGGAUCUUUGCUUCGUCUCACAAAAUUUUGAUGAGAGCAUGAAAGAGGCUAGGAAUCGAUUUCAAGAAAAUACAACAAUGAAACGAUAUAUUAUGCCGGAUUUCCACUCGACAUUCCGAGGUGUAGUGAAAGACGUUAAAGAGCCACACGAUCCACAAAUUCCUUCAAUUCAUUUGGGAGUUGAGAGAUUCGCCAUUCCGGAAAUCUUAUUCAAUCCCUCGGAUAUUGAUAUUGAUCAAUGUGGUGUCGCAGAAGCUGUUAUCGAGAGUAUUUGUCAAUGUCCAGAAGCAUUACGGCCUGCUCUGGCAGAAAAUAUCAUCGUGAUUGGCGGAUCGUCGUGCUUCCCAGGAUUUCGUGAACGCCUGGAACGAGAAGUUCGAUCAAUGCUGCCAGCAGAAUAUGGAUUGAAUGUUUCAAAUGACGUAAUAAACCCACAAACUCAUUCCUGGCAUUGUGGUCAAGAGCUUCUCACUGCUUCUAAAGUUCCAUGGAUCAACCGAAAAGAUUGGGACGAACGAGGAGACUCGUUGGAGUUCUCUAACUUUUUCCAGACUCUUGUGCAAUCCGAUGAACUGAAGGGAACUCGUAAUUUCGAUGAUCAGAGGGAGAAAUCCCCAAAGGAAGAUGAAGAUUUCUGAACUGAUCUCUUAUCACUUUAAAAUAAACAUGUUU